GCCAAUGUGCAGGUGUUGAACUUUUCACACAGUUGCUUAUAUCUAUCUCUCUCUCUCUCUCUCUCUCUCUCUCUCUCUAGAUAUAUAUACAUAUGGAGAUAAGCAUAGUGUUGCUUAUAGCCGAGAAACGGCGAUUGUAUUUAUAUAAUCUUUUAAGCAUAGUGUUGCUAAAAUCUUAAAGCCACACGCGAAUAAUUAUUUACUUAUUAUGGGUGCUUUGUUAUUGAUUGUGCUUUCAUAUUUUUUUCAUCAUCAAUUGGAGGUUCUUGCGCUGGCUACUUCAUCUGAUCUUGAUUUUAGCUACAUGAAAUCUGUAUACAAUGCCACUGAUCUUCCAUUAAAAGAAGAGUAUGACUAUAUAAUAGUGGGAGGUGGUACAGCAGGCUGUCCUUUGGCUGCAACUUUAUCAGCAAACUACUCGGUUCUUGUCCUUGAAAGGGGCAGUGCUCCUCCUUCAUACCCACAGCUGGUCUUGACCGCAGAUGGAUCAGGAGGUGUUCUCUUGCAGGAAGACGAUGGUAAAACACCUGCUCAGAGGUUCACUUCAGAAGAUGGUGUUGCGAAUGUUAGAGGAAGAGUCCUUGGUGGGACCAGCAUGAUCAAUGGGGGAUUCUUCUCCAAAGCUGAUGACCAAUUCUAUAAUGAAUCUGGCAUUCACUGGGACAUGAAUGCGGUCGAGGAGGCAUACCAGUGGGUUGAAGACACCAUUGUUUUCCAACCAAAUCUUUCGACUUGGCCAUCUAUUGUCAAAGAAGCUUUAUUGAAAGCAGGAGUUGGUCCUGACAAUGGAUUCAGUUUGCAACAUUUAGUGGGAACCAAAAGUUCUGGUUCAAUCUUCGAUAACGAGGGAAAGAGACAUGGAGCUGUGGAGCUUCUUAACAAAGGCGAACUGAAGAACUUGAAAGUUGCAGUUGAGGCCUAUGCCGAGAGAAUUAUCUUCUCUUCCAAAGCAUCAGGUGUAUCAGCAACUGGAGUCGUAUAUAGUGAUUCGAAGGGGAGGACUCAUGAGGCGUUGAUAAGAGAUGAAGGAGAGGUGAUAUUGAGUGCAGGGGCAAUUGGGAGCCCUCAGCUUCUCCUUCUCAGUGGAAUUGGUCCACUUCCUCAUCUUUCAUCACAUAAAGUUCCGGUAGUUAGCCAAAACCCCGAUGUGGGAAACUUUAUGGCGGAUAAUCCUCGUAAUAGCAUCACCAUUGUAGUCCCAUUUGCGUUGGACCCUUCAAUUGUACAGGUUGUAGGAAUUACUAAUGACUUCAAUUACAUAGAGUCGGGCUCUUCCGUUACCUCAUUUUCUUUUCCUCAACCUUUUAGCUUUUAUCCAAACGGAACCACUCCUUUAGAGUUGAGUGUGGCAACCAUUGUUGAGAAGUUCUCCGGACCACUUUCGAGUGGCUCCCUCCAGCUUGUUUCGUCGGCUGAUGUGAAAGUUAGCCCAACCAUCCAAUUCAACUACUUUGGAGAUCCGAAGGACCUUUCUCGUUGUGUAAGAGGAAUGAGGUUGGUCGGUGAUAUGCUCAAGACCGAUGCCAUGGAAGGGCUCAAGUUCGAAGAUUUAGAGGGUGCCGAAGGUUUCAAGUUUUUAGGACCUUCUUUGCCAAGAAACCUCUCCGAUGAUGCAUCAAUGGAGGCGUUUUGUCGAAGCACAGUGACGACGUUCUGGCAUUACCAUGGUGGAUGCUUGGUGGGAAAGGUUGUUGAUGGCUAUUUACGAGUGGUGGGUACAAAUUCACUUCGAGUGGUAGAUGGAUCCAUAUUCAAUACAUCACCCGGAACCAACCCUCAAGCCACCCUCAUGAUGAUAGGCCGGUACAUGGGGCUUAGGAUGUUGCAAGAAAGAGAGGCAGCGAAAUAGAUUGAGCAUCGUUUAUCAUAUACGAAAUAUAAAAGAAAUAAAAUAGGAAAUCAGGGAAAUAAAUUUGCUAAACGACCAUUUUGUAGGAUGAGUAUGCUCAAUAUCAUUAUGGUCCAUAUGCAAUUAUAUGUAAUGUUGUAUGCGUUUAGCAACUUGAUUUUUGUUUUUAUUUCAUUCAUACUUUUGUUUAUUCUGUCGAAAUAUCACCCGAUUACAAUAAUUCAAUAAAAUUUUAAAGCAUUUUUUGUUUGAUGCA